CCGCCCAGCCAGAGUGACCUUUCUCUUUGCCACAAGAGGUAGACUUUUAUCAUUGUGCUGGGCGAGGGGAGCUCUGAGAUGCCGCCAUGGAAGUGCUGGAGGCGAUCUGGGGCUCGCUGCGCCUUCUGCUCGCUAUUUCUAUCCUGGUGUUUGUGCUUUACUGCUGCUACAUCAAGUCAGUCCAUAUGAAAUACGAUCAUAUCCCCAGCGCCCCGAGGCAGAGCUUUUUCUUGGGUCACCUGCCAAUCAUGUGGAGAAUGAUCAAAGCUAAGGAGCCUGUUUACAAUCUCUUUCUGCAAUGGGCUGAGGAAUAUGGACCCAUUCUGCGUUUUAAUACCUUUCACAGAGUCACACUCUUGGUAUUAAGUCCUGAAGGAGUGAAGGAAUUCCUGAUGUUACCACAAUACCCAAAGGACCGAAUUACAUAUGGCCGACUUUGUAAUAUGUUUGGUGUAAGAUUUUUCGGGAAUGGCUUGGUAACCGAUUGUGACUAUGACCAUUGGCACAAGCAGCGGAGAAUUAUGGAUCCAGCAUUCAGUCGAACUUACCUGAUGGGCUUGAUGGGAACCUUUAACGACCAAGCAGAAGAGCUUAUGAAGAAGUUGGAGGAAAAAGCCGAUGGAAGAACUGAAGUGAAUGUGAUGAGCCUACUGAGGCGGGUGACGCUGGACAUCAUUGCAAAGGUGGCCUUUGGCCUAGAAUUGAAUACCCUGCAUAAUGAGCUCACACCUUUUCCACACGCGGUGUCCACGAUCAUGGAAGGACUGGGUGAGGCACGCAACCCGUUAUUCGAGUAUAUGCCAUGGAACAGGAAAGUAGUGAAAGAUGUUCAAGAAAGCUUAAAGCUUCUGCGUCGUACUGGGAAGGAGUGUCUCGAACGGAGGCACAAGGCCAUGGAGAUUGGAGAAGAGAUCCCGCUGGAUAUUCUCACUCAGAUACUAAAGGGUGCAGCUCUGGAAGAGGACUGCGAUGAUGAAAGUCUACUGGACAAUUUUGUCACCUUCUUCUUCGCAGGUCAUGAAACUACUGCCAAUCAGUUGUCUUUCACCAUCAUGGAACUGGGACGGCACUCCAAUAUAACAAUGAAACUUCAGGCUGAAGUGGAUGAGGUCAUUGGUAUGAAGAGAGAUGUUGCCUAUGAAGAUCUUGCACAGCUUAAAUACUUAUCACAGGUUCUUAAAGAAGUCCUGCGAUUAUAUCCACCAGCCCCAGGCACCGUACGAUGGACAGGAAAGGAACACAUUAUUGAAGGGAUCAGCAUUCCAGCAAACACCACUGUAUUUUUCAGUACAUAUGCCAUGGGACGCAUGGAGAGGUUUUUCAAGGAUGCUCUGGUCUUCGAUCCUGAUCGGUUUAGCAAAGACCAACCAAGGCCAUACUUUUCCUAUUUCCCAUUUUCUCUGGGGCCUCGUUCCUGUAUUGGGCAGAUAUUUGCACAGAUGGAAGCAAAAGUGGUGAUGGCCAAAUUUCUUCAGCGGUUUGAAUUCCAGCUGGUUCCACCACAGAGCUUCAACAUUAUGGACACAGGAACACUGAAGCCAUUUGAUGCUGUAGUAUGCAGACUGAGACCACGCCGCCAGAUUGGUGGGGAGGAUUAAACAGAACAUCAACUAUGGGACGCUGCCUGUGGCAUUUUAGAACUCUUACUAGAAUAUGUUUAAAAACUGCAUUUCAUACACGGGGGUAGGGGACUGACUUCCCCUGUGGGCCAUUUUGACAAGUGGGCAGGGCUGCCUUUCUCUGAUGAUCACAUGAUACUGUCAUGACGACAGGUGAAGCGUUUUCAUUUGAAAUCAAACCGUGCAGGAAAGAAGCAGGGCUUUGCAGGUGCCAAUGGUCAAGCUGACUGGCAGCACUUGCAAAGCCUUUUGUAGAUAAAUUUGAUUUUCAGGAAAAAUAUUUUGGAUUUCUCAUUACUGUAGGACAGGCAUUGGGAGCCUUGGGGGUGAUUUAUAAGAUGCCACAUGCCAGCAGUGGGUGUUCCUUGUGCGGUCAGAGCCAAAAGUGGGUCGAGCCAACUCCUCCCUGUCUGCUACUCUCUUUUCUUCCUCUCUCUUACUUUCUAUCCAGUGGGCUACUGGAGAGGGACAAAUGGUUUUUGCCAGAGGUCUGAACUGAUUGCUUGAAAAUGGCUCUGUCCUCCCCCCACUUCUCACAAGAAGAGCUUUGAUAGAUCCAGCGUCCAUUAAUUGAUACUUGCAUCUUUCAAGAACUUGCCAGUUAACAUAAGAAGAGCCUUUGGGGGCAAGCCAGUGGCCCAUCUAGGCCAGCAUCCUUUUCUCACACUGGCCAACCACAUGCCUCUGGGAAGCCCACAAGCAGGACCUGAGCACAACAGCACUCUCCCUUCCUGCAGUUUCCAUGAACUGGUGUUCAGAAGCAUAUUGCCUCUGACUGUGGAGGCAAAUCUUAGCCAUCAUGGCUAGUAGCCAUUGACAACCUUAUCCUCCAUUUGUCUAAUUCUCUUUUAAAGCCAUCCAAGCUUGCGGCCAUCUCUGCCUCUUGUGGGAAUAAAUGUCACAGUUUAACUA